AUGCCUCCCAAAAAGGCAGCCAAACCAACCGCCGCAACCCCCACUCGUAGCUCCGGUCGCGCCGCGAAAACAGCCGCUUCAGCAGCCAUUGCGAAGGAUACGCCGAAGAAGCGCGGUCGCGCAGCGAAGACCGCCGCACCCGCCGCACCUGAACCGACACCGAAGAAGCCUGGUCGCCCAGCUCGCGCAAAGGUCGAAGAGGACAUCACGGCAGCUCACGCCAUCGAGCCCGCCGAAGAGCAGCCAAAGAAGGGCCGUGGUCGUGGUCGCAAAGCCGCCGAGCCUGCACCAGAGCUCGUCGUUGAAGAGGCGCCUGCCCCGAAGAAGCGCGGCCGCAAGGCUGCCCAACCUGCGCCAGAGCCUGAUGUUGAAGAUGCGCCCGCAAAGAAGCGUGCUGGUCGCCCGCGCAAAGCAGAGCCUGCUGUCGCCCAAGCAGCAGCCACCCCCAAACGUCGUGGUCGCCCGUCCACGUCCGGCUUAGACCUCAAUCGCGUCGCUGGCCCUUCGCGCGUCAGCAAGCGUACAUCCUCGAAGAAGACCGCGACUCCUGCCGUUGGCAUUCGCUCCAGCCCCCGCGCCUCCCGCACUCGCGCACCAAAGCAGACGAAGAAGACACCCGCAGCAGCAGCACCGGCUCCGAAAACAAAGGCAGCUCCCAAGACGAAGAAGGCCGCGCCCAAAGAAGCCCCGAAGCAGAAGAAACGUGUAGGCCGCCCAUCAAAAAGUGCGACAGCAACCCCAGUGAAGGCCCCUGCGAAGCCAGCUGAGCGUAAGACUCAGGAUGCGCGCGUCACCAAAUCCACCCCAAAGCCUCGCAAGAAGAGAGGCUACACUUCCAUCGAGGUACCGGACAGAUUCGCCGAUGCUAUCUUCGACCACCUCCAACAACUGAUCGAUGCCGAGGCAGCACCUGCUGAGGAAACACCAGAGGAAAAGAACGUCGAAGUUGAUGUUGAUAUUGUGAUGGAAGACGCAGACAUAGAAGACGCAGAGGCUGCGCCCACUGACGGCCUCAAUGGUGAAGUCGAUGCUGACGAAGAAGUUGAUGCUGAGCUCGAUGGCGAAGAGGAGCCGAUACUUGUGAUCGAAGAGGUUGUCCGCGACGACGACAACGAACCACAAGAGCUCAAUCGUAUCGUUGAGGACGAAGACGAUAUUGACGACGACCAGCAGUAUGCGGUCCAAGAAGAGGAUGAGCUCGAGGAACAGGAUGACCUUGAGGAAGAGGGCAACCUCAAAGUUGAAACGUACUCGCUCCAGGCUGCACAUGAAGCUGCCAGCGAUACUGAACUCGAUGAGGAAGAGGAUGUCGUCAUCACAGAAGAAAUUGAGGAGAUUGAGAUCGAAGUGCUAGACGAAGAAGUUGCCGCCGAUGAUGCCGUUGAAGAAGCCCCAGAGGCGCUCGACAUUCAACAGGAGAUUCGAGAAGUGACGAAGUCCGCACCACAGGCUCAAAACGAUCCAGAUCGUACAUUCGAUUCCCUGUUUGAUGAGCACGUACCAGCGGUCUCCCAGGUCGACAAUCUGGGUGAAAGCGACGACGAUGACGACGUUACAUCUGCACCUGUCGAAAUGCCUUUGCUUCCUCAGUUUGUGGCUGCUCCCGUCGCAAACAUGUUCUCCUAUGCGCCGUUCGGCUAG